AUGGACAGGCGACAGGAGCAAAUAAGACGAGGGAGGAUGAAGAUAUUGAUAGAACUAGAUAUGGAAAUGCAGGUGUUUGUGCGACUCGCCGCUCUCAGCGUUCUCGUGUUCAGCCUCUACCAGCAGGUGCGCUGCCGCGGCGCGAGAGACGCGUGCGACGUGGCGGCACCACCGUGCCCCGGCCUGCCGUGCUGGGAGACGAUCUUGGUCACUAAAUUUCCAAACGCAACGCUGUCCAAGUUUGUUGGUCAGCAGGAGUUUGUGCUGCCGAAGAAUGUACUGGACAUCGUCUACACGCAAACACUCUGCUGGCUUGGUAGUUUCUUCAGUCCAGUGCUGCCACUCAUCACUGUAGUGAAAUGUUUCCUGUUCUUCUACCUGAAAAAGGGUACUUUGCUCAGUAACUAUGUGCCAAACCAGAAACCAUACAAGGCUUCGCGAACUAAUGACUUUUUCUACCUUGUGCUGCUGCUCUCGUUUAUCCUGGUUGCAAUUCCGGUUGGAUACACAAUAGCCGA